AUGAUGAACAACACUUAUUCACCCAUAAGAGAAACUGCCCAAGAAGGAACAGAAUACGAAGAACCCUCUUCAAUUUGGUGCGCCUGUUUCAGAUUCCCCUGUUUUCCAUCAACCCAAAAAGAAGGAGAAGCAAAUUCUCUGCUCCAAGAAAGAGAAAACAGAGAUUCAUGGAUAGUGAAAAAUAUGAAGGAAUUAAAAGAGUAUUCUGAACUUGUAGCUGGACCCAAAUGGAAGAAUUUGGUAAGGAAGAUCGGAAAAUACUGUAAUCCUAAGAAAUCUUCAGCUAAAACGACGCAGUUUCAGUAUGAUUCAGAUAGUUAUGCUCUCAAUUUCGACAAUGGCGGUGGUGAUGUUAGGGAAGAUGAUGAUGGGCUUUUACGUAAUUUCUCAUCUCGAUUUGCUGCUCCUUUUUCUGGUUUUGUUGCUAAUAAUAAUCCAAAUAAAAAUGCUGGUUUGUGA